AUGGAAUCACCUCCAUCUCCAGACAUCAAAGAGAUCUCCAAACUGGUCACUCUACCAAAUGACCAACGCCUCUUCACUACAAUCUCACAACCAAACACCACUACAGCCGAAACCCCAACAACCAUCAUAAUCCCCGGAGUAGGAUGCAGCAUCACAGAAUGGGUCGUCGUGCACCGUCUGCUCAAAUCCAAAACCCCAAUGUUAUUAUACGAAAGACCUGGUAUCGGCACCUCAGAUGAAUCCCUCGAGCCAAGAACAGCAAAAACCAUGGCUCGUGAACUAGACACUCUCCUCUCUACACUAUCAAUACCCCCACCAUAUAUACUAGUCUGUCAUUCAUACGGCGGAAUAAUAGCACGAGAAUACGUGGAGCUUCGCCAUCUUUCAGGAGGCAUCAAUGAUAUAAUCGGAAUAGUCUUCGUCGACGCAAACCAAGAAGAAAGUAUUCAGCUCUGGCCAGAUUCGAAUCUCGACAUUCUCCAAAAGAACCAAGAUUUCGCCUCUGUAAUCGGCUUAACAGAAAACAAUGCCCUAUCUACUGAGGAAUGGGAAGAGUUUCUGAAUUCCCGCAAAGGAGAAAAAUACGCACGCACAGCAGGAAGGGAAAUGGAGAACUAUAUUUCUAGUGUUAGGGCUUUGGGGGAGUUGAAGCAGUUUGAACGUCUUCCGCGCCUAUUGAAGAAUUGCCCUAUUAGUGUUAUUCGGGCGUAUCCAGAGAUUGAUCUGUGGAAGUCUUUUAGGGCCGGUGUUGAGGCGGGAAAUGGGACUAUGGAGCAGAGGAGGGCAUUUGAGGAGAAGUUGGGUAGUUAUCGGAUUGUGCAUGAGAGGAUUCAGAGGGGUAUUCUUAGGUUAUCUGGGAAGAGUAAAUUUGUUGAUUUAAAGGGGUGUGGACAUUUGGUUCCUAUGAUUAGGCCGGAUGUUAUUGUUGAGGAGGUGGAGUGGGUGCUUCGAAAUUUGUGA